CUCAGGGACAGAAACCUGUGUGGCCUGAAUGAAGAGCAACAGACGGCCGGGGCGCCGAGCGACGUGGCGUGCUGCGGGGAGCAGGGCGAGAGCCUGGAGGCGAAGCCCCACUCCUACCUGGAAGCCAUCUGCAGCGGGCGCGGGGGCGGUGAGCAGCUCUGCCCCUAUGCCGCGGCGGGAGCCUGCCACUUCGGGGAGCGCUGCCUCUACCUCCACGGGGACCUCUGCGAGAUCUGCGGCCUCCAAGUGCUUCACCCUUUCGACCAGGAGCAGAGGAAGGCUCAUGAGAUGAUGUGCAUGGCCACCUUUGAGCACGACAUGGAGAAGGCCUUUGCCUUCCAGGCGAGUCAGGACAAAGUGUGCAGCAUCUGCAUGGAGGUGGUCUAUGAGAAGCCGUCGGCCUCCGAGCGGAGGUUUGGGAUCCUUUCCAACUGCAACCACACGUACUGCCUGUCCUGCAUCCGGCAGUGGCGGUGCGCCAAGCAGUUCGAGAACCCCAUCAUCAAGUCCUGCCCGGAGUGCCGUGUGAUAUCCGAGUUCGUCAUUCCCAGCGCCUACUGGGUAGAAGACCAGGAGAAGAAAAACGAGCUGAUCGAGGCAUUCAAGCAGGGAGUGGGAAAAAAGCCCUGCAAGUACUUUGAACAAGGGAAAGGGACUUGCCCCUUUGGAGGGAAGUGCCUUUACCUUCACGCUUAUCCAGACGGGACACGAGCUGAACCUGAAAAGCCCAGGAAGCAGCUGAGCUCGGAGGGGACCGUGCGGUUCUUCAGUUCCGUUCGGCUGUGGGACUUUAUUGAAGACAGAGAAAACAGGACUGUGCCCAGCACAGACAGCGACGUCACAGAACUGGGAGAACUUUUCAUGCACCUUUCUGGGGCUGAGGAGGAUUCCGCUGCUGCUCAAUAA